ACAGUUUCCUCCAUUUGGCAUUGGCCGCCGUGCGUGAAUUGAGUUUCCAGGCACACACCGCAGCACUACUGCACCGCCAACAGGGUCUUUUUCUGGUCCAAGCUGCAAAAUAUCCAGGGCCCAGCUCAUGUCUUCCGAACAGUGCAAUAGGGUCUCUCGAUACGUCCACAGUUCCUAACGACCCGUGGACUCUUCAAAACGGAAAAUUGGAAUCUUCAUUCGCCUCAAUUGGCAAACCGUGUGCGAAAACAGAUCCUCUGGCUCCAUCGAACCAACUGCAUUGCAUACGAUACUGUCGCCAUCCACCAUGGCUGCCGCGCGGCCCACCGCCAGAUCCAAGGACAUUGUCCUCGAGAGGAGGAAGAUCGAAGCAUUGAUCGCAGAAGGACGAAAGGUUAUCAUAGUCGAAGGCAAGGUCCUCAAAGUCGACGCAUGGCUACCAUAUCACCCUGGUGGUGACAAGGCCAUCCUGCACAUGGUCGGACGAGACGCAACAAAUGAGGUCAAGGCAUUUCACUCGGCUGAGACCCAGCAAAUGAUGCUGCGCUAUCAAAUCGGCAAGGUUGACGGACAAUGGAUUGAUUACCUGCCUCCUAUUCAAGGCGGUAAAUUUCGACAGGAUAAUGGCGAGCCGGCGCAGUCGAACACGCCCGCUGCUGAAAGCGACGACGAGUCCACCCUUACCGAGAGCUCUCAGGAGUCAUCUCCCCUUUUCGAGCCCGCACAUGGUUCGACAAUGAGAAGACGAUUUGGAAGCAGUAGUGCCCUCAGCGAGUCUUCAUCAACAUCUGUGGAAAGCCUGGCCCUCGAUGGGAGUGAAGAGAAAGUAAUACCGAAAUCGGCAGCGGAUGAACGGACACAAAGGGAGUUGCAGCAUGAUCUCGAGACGUUCCCGAAGCUCGACUCGGCCACACAAGGAAGAAUUAUCCAGCUCUACCAGCAGCUCGACCAGCGUCUCCGUGACGAAGGACUUUACGAUUGCAAUUACAAGGCGUACGCUCGGGAAAUCGCUCGGUACACCGCUCUUGCUAUUGUUUCACUUUUCUGCCUCCGUCAGGGAUGGUAUGUGGCAUCAGCAACAUUUCUCGGAGCGCUGUGGCACCAGCUUGUCUUUACUGUCCAUGAUGCAGGCCACAUGGGCAUCACUCACGACUUCCAAACUGACAGCCUCAUUGGAAUCUUCGUCGCCAACUGGAUCGGUGGGCUGAGCUGCUGUUGGUGGAAGCGCAAUCACAACGUGCAUCACAUCGUGACCAACAGCGCCGAGCACGACCCGGACAUCCAACACAUGCCGUUUUUCGCAAUCACCCACCGCUUCUUCGAUGGCUUAACCAGCAGCUACUACGACCGCGUCAUGACCUUUGACGCUGUGGCCAAAGUCACCCUCAAGUAUCAACACUACCUCUACUACCCCAUCCUCGCCCUCGGCCGCUUCAACCUCUACGCGCUCAGCUGGCAAUACAUCCUCCUCGGCCAGGGCCCACGCAAAGGCCCGGCCGCCUGGCACCGCUGGCUCGAGCUCGCCGGGCAAAUCUUCUUCUGGUACUGGUUCGGCUACCUCGUGGUAUACAAAUCCAUCCCAACGAACGGGGAGCGCUUCGCCUUUGUCAUGAUCAGCCACGCCGUGACCAUGCUCGUGCACGUGCAAAUCACAUUAUCCCACUUCGCCAUGAGCACGGCCGACUUGGGCGUGAAGGAGUCCUUCCCACAGCGCAUGCUGCGCACCACCAUGGACGUCCAGUGCCCCGAAUGGUUGGAUUUCUUCCACGGCGGCCUGCAGUUCCAGGCCGUCCAUCACCUCUUCCCCCGCAUGCCCCGGCAUAAUUUGCGCGCGGCGCAAAAGCAUGUCAUGCAGUUUUGCGACGAGGUCGGGAUUCCGUAUACCGUAUAUGGAUUCGUCGAGGGGAAUGGGAAGGUCAUCGGGCGGUUGAGUGAGAUUGCUCAGCAGGCGCGGAUUUUGGCCGAGUGUCAGCGGAGUAUGACGGUCCAGGAUGUUUUUGAGAGUCACUGAUUUCUUGUGGUUGGGAAUACUUGUUUGAGAAUUUGCUCGAGCAGCCUGUCAGUUUCGGCGCUGCAUUGUGAUAUGAGAUAUGGAACAUUUUCUAAAACCAAAACUUCAGAGCAGAUUGAACAGUUGCACGACCAGGACUAAUGAUCCUUUUAGUCUUCUAUCGUUUUGAUGAGAGGAUGGACCUGGUUUUAAUUACACCAACUCACU